CUAAAUUAACGGUGUUUCAAUUGUUAUUUUACGCGUAGUACUGUACGACGAAUCAUACAUCUUCUCGAUCAAUUCAUAAUAGCAUCGGACCAUUACUAGUCAACCUCCAAACACUGUGCAAACACAACACCGUAACUCACCAGUAAAGCGAGGUCUUCAAUCACAUCGUCCACAUCAUGGUCAGCAUGGGAAAACGCAGCCGCAACCCCCGUCGAAGUCGUUCGUUUUUCGCAGCGAAUGAACCCCUGGCCCUCGCGAUGCGGCCCGCCGUAAUUCUGGCGGGAGUUUGUCUUCUGUUGGCGGGCACGGGUUCGGUGCCGAGCCCGGCCACCGACGGUUCGUUCGCCCUUGCCUUUUCGACACCGGGGCUUGCGGCGAGAGUGCGGUCGAGUGGGGGCACCCUGGAACUCGGUGCCGCCACCGAAACGGGAAACGGCGAACGCGAACGCAACGGAGAAGGAGACGCACACCAGCCGCCGACACCUUCCACCGGUCCGGACCGGAGGCAGGUCCUGUCCGCGGCGGCCUCCGCAUGCGCGUGCGCCUCCGGCAUGGCCUCCCGGCCGGGGAGCGCCGUCGCCGCUGGCCCCCGAAAGAGCCGCACGGACGGGUACGCCGUCCAACACACCGAGCGCGAGUGGGCCUACAUCCUGAGCGGUGCCCAGUACAACAUCCUGAGGAGGGGCGGGACCGAGCGGCAGCGGUCCUCGAUCCUCCACACCUUCACGGCCGAGGACCAAAAAGGGAUCUAUUCCUGCGCCGGGUGCUCGGAAGACCUCUUCGAGAGCAGCGCCAAGUUCAACUCGAGGACGGGCUGGCCGAGUUUUGCGAAAGCCCUGGACGGGGUCGAGGCCGAGGACCUCGAUCCGAUCCGGGCCACCCUGGACGGGAGGGAGGUCCGCUGCGGGACGUGCGGGGGCCACCUGGGGGACGUCUUUAACGACGGGUGGGUCUACCCCGGGACGAUGGCCUUUUCGACGGGGAAGCGGUACUGCAUCGACGGGGCCGCCCUGGUCUUCAAGCCCAGCGGGGGGAGCGAGGCCGAUUGGAUCUACGGAGACCAGCCACCUCCCAACAAGGUGAUUCGGUACGAGCAAUCGAUGUAUCGUGAUGCCUGAGGGGAGGCGGUGCCUUUCGGCACAACAGUAUGCGACCAAUGCUGUGUCGUG